ACUCUCUCCACGUUCAAAAGUCAUUGAAAGAUGGGUUCAGAGGAACUCAUUCGGAGCGGAUGCGCCUACUGCAACUCGUCAUCAAACCUGAACCCCUGUAAAGGUGGUUGCAUGGUAGCGCUAUACUGUAGCCAAGAGCAUCAAAAGGCAGAUGAAGAGGAACACAAACCCAAGUGCCAAGCUAUUCAUGAACAACGCCUUGAACAUCUGUUUGUGCGAAACAAGAUCAUCGAGCACGUCGGACCCUCCGGUCGGACGCUAAUGAUCACCGCAACGAAGGCUUACCUCACAAACAAGGCAUGGCUGAUGGAAUAUCUCUCGAGCCUACAGGAAUUGCGAAUGGCGCUUUCGCAGGUCCAUACCAGGCAGGCGAUCGAACAGGAAAUGGAACUAGUCGAGAAAUGGCAUGGAUCCCAAACCAUUGCUGAAUUCGUCUCUGGAUAUAUGCGAGUUACGCCCUACUUGAUUCGCCUUGACCGGGAUGACGAGUGCCGUCCUUUGUAUCUCGACGGACUUAAUGAUCUCAGAGUCCACCGUGACCACACAUACAGAACACCUGGCAUUCAUAUAUUAGGAUUGAUUCAGGGCUGCCUGCUUAAAAUCCUGCUGAGGGUCAGAGUGGCCGUGGACCUGGUAUCACUAAAAAUGGCCGCACAAGUGGCUGGACCUAAAGUCCCCACCGAAAUUCUGGAUGUGAUACGCCGAGAGGUCGUAACCAGUCCUUUGGUCUGGAAGAAGCGUCCGGUGCUUGAAGCCAGCAACCAUGACAGGGAGAUCGGAGAAUUACACAAGGAUAUUCAACUUAUGGCCGGACAUGUACACAGCCACAACCAAUACUUGUGGCGAUCCAUGUUCCCAGACGAAUCCUUUGGAAAGGCUCUGGAUGAUUUGGAGAUGGAGAAGCCCCAGGAGGUUUCAGAAGCCGAGGGGACUGUCGAGUGGUUGCAGAAGGCUUGGAGUGAAUCUCCGGGCGCAUUGGAUUAUCUUUUGGGCGUCCUUCGCAAGACAAUCUUGACUGAUGGAUUCGAGACUCGAUAGCAGCUCUGGAUUGACGCACAAGAACUUAC